GUCGCCGCUGCUAGCAGGGUUAGCAGUUAGCUUCCCAGCAGCUGUCGGUGGCAGUCAGUCAGCAAGCCUGUCAGUCUGAGUGGCUGUGCUUCCUUCUAGAGAACCGCUGCGUUAUUAUCUCCAGAAACCAGCUGGUUUUCUUUCCUAAGGGUUUUUUUUUUUUUUGUGGUAUUAUAUUGUUGCCGUUGCCCUCGCCGUCACGAUAGACAGAAGUCCUGGGACAUGGCCAGAACAGAACAAGUCCUGGUGCUAGAGCCGCAACAGGAACUCAAAUUCAGAGGCCCAUUUACAGAUGUUGUCACCGCCACACUGAAGCUUACUAACCCUACAGACAGAAAUGUCUGUUUCAAAGUUAAGACAACCGCACCUCGCAGAUACUGUGUGCGUCCAAACAGCGGCAUCAUCGACGCUGGAACCUCCGUAAAUGUUUCCGUCAUGCUACAGCCGUUUGAGUACGACCCCAAUGAGAAGAGUAAACAUAAAUUUAUGGUGCAGUCCAUUGUGGCUCCCAGAGACAUGACUGACAUGGAAGGAGUUUGGAAGGAGGCCAAGCCUGAGGAGCUGAUGGAUUCAAAGUUAAGAUGUACGUUUGAGGUGCCUCUAGAAAAUGAUAAAACUCAUGAGAGUGAAAGCAACAAAACUGUGUCUCCCUCUACCUCUGUUAAGACUGAGCACUCUGCACUGCCCAAGUCAGCCAGCGCCUCACUGGACGACGGAGAGGUGAAGAAGAUCAUGGAGGAGUGCAGGCAGCUGCAGAUGGAGGUGCAGAGGCUACGAGAAGAAAACAAACAGAUCCGGGAGGACGACGGUCUGCGGAAGAGAAAGGUAGCUACGUCUCCCUCCAACACCAUGGCUAGAUCAGCUAUGAUGAAGGAUGAAGGCCUGAGCACCCGCGUCCUCGCAUUGUGCUUGCUCUUCUUUGUGAUUGGAGCCAUCAUUGGCAAGCUGGUCCUUUAGAGACACAGACAGAGCACAGUGACGGACGGGCAGAGGAAAGAAUGGAGGGAUGGACACCGUGUUUUAAAUGGCACGUACCAAUGACGGCAACGGGGAUGUCUUCUGGGUUUAUGUUGAUCUGUCUGCUUGUUUUCUUAACAUUUAAAGCUACUAGCCAGGGGCGUAUCUUCUUUCAACAACAACUGUACAAUGAUGUUAAAAACACAGCUAAGUAAAAGGAAAAAAAAAAGUAUGAAUUUCCACUUCUGGAGUUUUUUUAAGAAGUGCGACUGACGUAACGCCAGGCAAUAAGGAUUGACCAUAGAUCAGCUGGCUUUAGUUAACACUGUGGGGAACAGGCAACACAUGACAGGUUCAGGCCUCUAUUAAUCUUGAUUUCUCCCUGAGGAAUACAAAUAAGAGAAGAAAAAUUAAUUGAUGGAUGCUGCUGUUGAUGGAGAUCCAUUGUUCGCCUUCAGAGCUUAGUGGUGGUUAAUUGGUACGGAUCUGUUUAUAUUGCAGUUCAAAUUUUUCAAAUCGACUAGUUUCUGUGCAUGUUCGCCAUUCGUAAAAUGAGUCAAUGCCACAUUCUCCUCGUGUCGCCUCAGCUAGUAAUGUGUGACAUGCCGGUACUUUGGCAUUGCAUGCAGUUUUUGGAACACAUACGAAUCCAAGAGAAUCCAUAUUCACACAAGCUGUUGGCUGGCUGUAAUUUGAUUCAUUUGUUUUUUUUUUUCUUCUUCCCUCUGGUGUUUAUUAGAAUGAUAGUGGUUUGGCUGGUUUGGCAUAAUGGGGUUAAAUGGCUGAUUAUAACUGUCUGCCUGGUGAUUCAUCUCUGCUGCACUGACCGUGAUGUCGACUUCUGAUUCAGCAACUAACUGUCUCACUGCUUUUAAGAGUCUAAAUGAAUUUGUCAGCUCCAGUUCAAAGGCUCAUAUCCUUACUGGUUAAACCUAGACUGGAUCUUUUUUCCACACCGCCCUCCAACAGCUCCAUACUGCAACCGCAUGGCAACUAAUGCGUUGUGCAGCAGGAGCAGCGGGUCCUGCAGUAGUUCUGUAGACCCCAUGUUUUGCUUCCUGGCUAAUCUUGAUAUUUUGCAGUAGCUGUGCUAAUACAAGUAACUGUCACUGAAGGUUAAAUUAGGUUAAACAUAAAGGAAAGUCACAAAGGGAUGUUGUGUGAUCAGGUGACUUACGCCUGUUGUGAUGUCACCAGAAGAUGUGUUUUAUGGGAAGGGUUUUAUCAUGAAUAACUGGUCUCCAAGGGGGAUAGGAAAACCAACACUGGCAUGUUUUAUUGGUGACAAGCUAGGUCCAAAGUGAGUUUAAUGAUUUUUUUGUGCAGAAAGUCUGGCUGGUACAUUCAAGGCAGCAUAAAACAGCAAUGUGUAAACAAAGGAGGGCAGGCCCAAGUUAAACCACAAGGCUCAAUGUUUUUGUCACAGGUCUGGCUCUUUGUUUUCUUUUUUGUUUUUGUUGUUUCGUUCACUGCUUGAUCUUUUCUUUCCGUCCAUCUCUGCUUCCUAAAAGAUCUUCCCCCAACUUGCACCGAUGGCAGUUAGAAGUGUGUGGAGGUAGCUUCACGCUGGCUGAAUGUUUAAAGUCUUUCAUUGAUUCUGGAAGUUCGUCACUCGCGUGUCUUUACCUCUGUUAUCACGUUUCUUCCUCUAUUGAUGAUCUAACAGGACAGAAGAGCAAAAUGAAUUAUUCAACGACUUUUGUUCUUUUUCCUGAAUGCAAACUUUAUGUAUUGUCUUCUAAAGAGUGACGUGAAAAACCAUAUAAAAAUAUAAAUAUGUGUAUACUGUAUGUAUGAGCCAAUAGAAGCUGCGUGUAUGGAUGUUUAAGAGUUUGCCCUUUCUUACAGGGAAAAACGGGGUUGUUCACUGAAAACUAAAUCAUGAAUACAAAUCAUGCUGGUGUCUGUCCAGACCGAGAAAUCUCUUCAAUCUAAUUAAGUCUGUUGGCCAUUAGUAAAUUUAUGACCUAAUAAAGGAUUAUGAUGAUUAAUUGAAGAUGCACGGUGAUCUAUUUAAAAGAAACAAAGCAGCAAUUUAGUUUAAAACACCUACGAUCUGAUAUUUAGAAUAUGAAGAUGACCGAAACAGUUUCAAUCCACAGCAGGUCCUGCAGACUAACUAAUACAUUUACAGGAAAUAGUUUUAAAUCAGUUUUGUCCACCAUUUGUUAAUUAUGUCAGUGAUCACAGCCUUUGCUUUAUCCCUUGUAUUAUAGAAAGAAGUGAUUUUUAUAUUCAAAUAUACUGCAGGUGCAUGAAAUAACCUGGAUUAAAUUGCUGUUAUAAUUA